CGGUUUGAUUGUGUGGUUCAGGUUGAACGAGCUGCGAUAACACUGUGUUGUGUUUUUACAGAAGUUAAAACUGAGUGUUAGAUUUAUUUAAUAACGACAGCAGACAUGGACUGUGGGAUCGUAACAUCCAAGACUGUUCUCCUCUUUCUCAGUUUAAUAUUUUGGGUGGCUGGAGUGGCACUUGCCUACGUCGGCUCCUAUGUCAUACACAGCUACAAGAACCUUAAUGAGUUUAAGGUUGACCAGUACGUCUUCAUCCCUGCAGUGAUCAUCAUUGCUGUGGCUGUCGUCUUGUUCUUUAUUGGCAUAGUUGGCUGCUGUGCAACUCUGAGGGAGUCAAAAAUUGGACUAGGCAUUUUCUUCAUGGUUAUUUUACUGAUCUUUGCUGCUGAAGUCGCUGCGUUUGUGUGUGGCUUCAUCUACAGGGGCAGGAUUAAAGGAGAUUUGGAGAAGUCAAUGUUUGAAGUUUUUAAGAAGUACAAAGCCGAUAGCCCUGAAACCAAUGCAGUGAAUUACUUGCAGUCUCAGUUGAAGUGUUGCGGCGUGCACAACUACACAGACUGGAAAAAUACAACUUGGUUUAGUUCUCAUAACAACUCAGUUCCCAGUUCUUGCUGCAAAGAAAACACCACAUGCACUGGAGAGAUUAACCAUCCAGAGCUGCUGAAUACACAAGGAUGUGAAGCUAAACUGGAGCGCCUGCUGCAAGACGUGUUGAGUUAUUCUAUGUUGGUUGUCUUGGGAUUUGCUCUCAUAAAGAUUUUUGGCAUGUUCAGUGUUUGCGUGAUCGCCUGCAGAAGCUCCAGAAAUGACUACCAGCCGCUGUAUGCAUGAUGGGUGCAGUAAAGAUGUUUACUAUGUUGCUUCAUAUAAGGUUUGCAGCAAAUCCUAACCACCUUACUAUUAAUGAGAAAUGUCACCCACCUGUCACCCACAUGCCUACUGUUGUUUUGUUUUAAUGUAUUUUUGCAUGAAAAGAUGAAAAUUCAAAAAUCAAAGUUGUGUGAGAUCGAAAAUUGUCAACACUUGAUUAUUGUGCCUUAAAAUUUUCUACUUUCAUUUGAUUUUAAUUGAUUUUAUUGAUAACUAUCCUGACAUCUUGGAGCUUUUUCUGUAACCAUUAGCUGGGUAGGAUUUAUAGGUUUAUAUAUAUCCAGUUCUGUACUAUGCUGUAUUUAUGCUGUAUGUUGCACUUUGAUAUCUAGUUAAACUUUGAUUUAAGGUCAAUAUCAAAACUAAGCCAAGUUUAGAGCCAACUGAGAUGCACUGAUAUAUUCUGUCAAUUAUUUUAAAUCCUGUUGUUAAGCAAUUAAAAAAUAGAAGUUUGUUUACCAUAUGCCAUAAUAUGUUUUUUGAAGUUCAUGAUUUAAUAAAGUAUAAAGAGGAAAUAGGUGUAAUGUUUGAUAUGUUGAAUUAAUAUGGACAGAUUUUGCUUGUGCAGAACAUUUUUAAAUACUUUCUGAAGUAUAUACACUUAAGCAGCCCUAAAACAUCUGCUAUCACAUUUCUUUAGCUGAGGUAGCGCAGUACUUUUGCUUUGACAAAUAGAUACACAAUUAGGAAUUCAAUAAAAUCUGAACAUCAAAUUUCAUUAUUUUUACAUAUUAACUGACUAUUAAUUAUUAUUUAUUUAUUUAAAAUAAAUCAUUCAAUCAUUAAGAAGAAAGAACUGUGUUUAGCUGUUACUUGCAUGUUAUGGAUAAAUACUUGUAUGGUAGGAUUUAUUUAAUAGUGUCAAAUUGUAUUGCCACAUGUGUGUUGUUUGUGACUGCAGUUAAAAUACAGUUUUCUUUGUGGUAUUUGAUUGAUUGAUUGAUUGAUUGAGUACUUUAUUAAUCCCCGAAAGGAAAUUGUGGAAAUUUGGCAGACGCUCUUAUCCAAAAAACUAUUCCUGAUUUCAGCUGCAUUCCAAACGGUCUGUUACUGUACCAGAUAGUAUGUCAAAUUAGUGCAUUAUCAAGUAUCAUAAGUUGAUUAUUUAAGGAGUUCAGGUCUUAUUGUAAUAUUUGCAAUUUAAAUUAAUUGCUGUGCAUGAACUCAGGUGGCGUAGCAGGAUAUUCCGCUAGCACACCAGUGCUGAGAUUCUGAACUCCUCGGUUCGAUACUCGGUGUCGCCACUGGUCGGCUUGUCACCAUCUAGCGGGCAUAAUUGGCGGUGCCUGCAGGGUGGUAUGACUGGACUCUCUGGGUGGGGUCUUCAAACACUGUGUAAGGACAGUUGUGUAAAGCAGAUAGAGAGGUGCCUGUGCAGAGUGCAUAGGUAAAAAAGGGUUCCGCUAAGGGCUGCACACGGGUCGAUGAAGGCGUGAGUAGCAAUAUACCCACCUCGACUGCAAUCAGGGAUCCCCCAGCAGCGGAGGACAAAUUGACAAUGGGAGAAAAAUGGGAGAAAAUGCAUAAAUACAAUAAAAAAAAAUGCUGUGCUAUUCUUGUGCUACAUGUGUAAGUUAGCCAAAAAUGCUUUUAAAACUCCUAAAGGGUGCAGUUUCACUGCGGUUAGUGCAGAAAAAAGAUUAUAUUCGCGAGUGUUUUAGUUGAAAGUUGGGUUAAAUGGUUUGUACAUUUUGCAACCACAGAGCAUAAAACUGAAAGCUCACUUUAUUUUAUUGUUUUAUUACUUGGCUUGCCCUAAUCAUCAUGUGUUUAUUUAGAAACGUUGAGUAUAAUGUGGUUACUUAUGUAGACAUAUGCAGAUUUGACCUUAGACCUAGGCUGAUUAUUUUGUUUACAGAUCAUUAAUUUCCUGGAAUGAAAUUAAAUAAAGAUAAAAUAUUUCAUUCUUAAA